AUGGAUGUGGCUCUUGAGCUUCUCGAUCCCCUCAUUCUGGACAUGGCCUAUGCCUGGUUGCUGCCCUCCGAUCCUCAUCUCCCCGACCCGACAUCGCGAUGGGAUCGCGACAACAUCUAUCGCCAAGUCAUCUCGAUUCUCAUCAUCACGCAACUCGGCGCGACCUCCCUCUACCUCUUUUUCAGCGCGCUCUCCUACUACUUCAUCUUUGACCGACGGCUCGAGUACCAUCCACGCUUCUUGCCGAAUCAAAUCCGCCAAGAGAUCAAAUCAUCGCUGUCCGCCGUUCCCUUUAUCAACAUUCUGACUCUGCCCUGGUUCCUGGCUGAGGUCCGUGGAAAAAGCUUGCUGUACCGCUCGGUGAGCGACUAUGGUUGGCCCUGGCUGGUGAUCUCGUCCAUCUUGUAUAUGGCGUUCAAUGACAUUGCCAUCUACUGGAUUCAUCGCCUAGAGCAUCACCCCAGCGUGUACAAAUACAUUCACAAGCCACAUCACAAAUGGAUCGUUCCCACACCAUGGGCUGCGCUGGCGUUCCAUCCGCUGGAUGGAUAUGUGCAGUCUCUUCCAUACCACGUCUUCGUCUUUAUUUGCCCCAUGCAGCGACACCUGUACAUGGUUCUCUUCGUUGCGGUCCAGAUCUGGACCAUCUUCAUUCACGACGGCGACAUGAUUUCAGGCCAUUGGACAGAGAAAUUCAUCAACAGCCCCGCGCAUCACACAUUGCACCAUAUGUACUUCACCGUCAACUAUGGGCAAUACUUCACCUGGGCUGAUACCUAUUUCGGCUCGCACCGGGCCCCGGAGCCCGCGCUGGAUCCCCUCCAUGAUGCCCUCAAGGUGAUGCGGGCGAAAGGACUUGUUGAUGAGGAGGGCAACCCCAUUAAGAAACCAAAGGGGGAGUGA